UUGUAAAAAGUCAGUCAACAGACCUUCAACAGCUGUCAGUUUCUAUCCAAACUAUUCUGAAAGAAAUGAAGAAACUUCAAGACAAACAGGAGGCUAGCAUUAGGUCUGUGCAAAGUUCAUACGAUCAACAGUUAAACACAAUACAGGAAACUCGCAGAGAUAUAAAUUCAGCCUGAGACACAAUUGAACUGAAGACACUGAAGGAAAUGAAAGAUACUCUAACCAAACUGCAAGCCUCUUCGAAAAACGAUGUUGACAACUGCAUCAGGCUAAGGGAUGAAUUGAAACAACUUCGAGACUACAUACAGGACAUUAGUGAUAAACGCAAACUAGAACUAUCUUUUAUAGCCACCAGGAAAUGUAUGGCUAUAAUAGAACAAUCUAACACUUUUCUGAAUAAGAACUCUCUUCAGGAUAAAUUUUAUUUAACAGUCCAGCCUCACAAUGACAUUGUAUAGAACUUAUCCAAACUUUCUGGCCUUGGGAGGAUUGAAAACAGUAUCAAGACAUUAAUGAUGCAAGAGAAUCCAAACAGGGUAAUCACUGUGCAGGACAAGUCAGUACACAAUGUGAACAUAUCAAUUGAUUCAGAGGAAUGCAGAAUCAUAGCCUGCCUUGUUCUUCCCGACAGACAGGUCUUGAUUGCAGACAACAAUAAUAAGAAAGUCAAGCUUAUUGACCAGCAGUACCAGGUGGUGAGACACUGGAAUGAAACUACCUGAUUCUUGGAUAUGUGUCAGAUCACGCCCAGUGAGGUGGCAGUGACUGUGGAUUCUAGGGACAAACAUAAGGUCCAGUUUAUCACAGUCAAGAACAGGCAGCAUUUGACCGGAAGGAAGCUUCGGUUAGAACAUAGAUGUAUUGGUAUUGCCUUCCACCAGGAUGAAAUGUAUAUUACUGCUGGUACUGCAUUGUAUAAGUACACACUCAAAGGGAAACUUGUCAGCAAGGUGUAUGAGGAUAAGUCAGAGAGUUUUAAAGUAAAUAGAUGUGUUGUGAGUCACAGAGGGGACACGUUGUACAUCACACACAGCUCCCAGAACCAGCUCCUCACACUGGUCAAGGAUGGUUCAGCCCUGACCUUCUUCACUGACCCUGCACUACAAUGGCCACAGUGUGUACACGUUACACCUGGAGACCAAGUGCUGGUCUGUGGAUACAAUUUUCACACUAUCCUUCAGGUGGACUGUGAGGGCAGAAGGAAGCUUGCUACAAUUGCUUCAAAGGAGGAUGGAGUGGUGUCCCCACGGUCAGUCUGCUACAACCGGAACACUGACUCCAUCCUUUUGGGACUUGGUGGCAACAGCAGUAUCCUGGAGUUCAAAGUGCAAUAG